CGCCUUCUUUCUCUUACUUUUGGGCACACAAUCUAAACGAACUUGUUUGGAUCCUUCAAGCAUCAUUCUGCUGCCUCCAUUACGUUUGCGGGUUAAUUUAGCCUUUUUUUUCUUUCUGUUUUUGGCACCGGCGGGAGGAGGGCUCGGUUUUCCGACAGGCGCACAGAGAGAGAGAAAAAAAGGGGAGGAAGGCAGAGAUCGGCUGUUGUUUCUGCGCUGAUCUGCACCGCACGGUGACCCAAAGUGUCCGGGGAACACCGGUCCUGUCAGCUUUUGUUCACGUGACGAAAAAAAGAAGAGAGGAAAAGCGAGUUGGGAGCGCGCGCGCGCGAGGAUUAUCCAAAAAGAGCGGAGAGAGUCGUGGACGCGCGGGGUCUCACCCCAAAACCCGAGGAACCAUGUCAUCUACGAGGUUCAAGAAGGACAAGGAGAUCAUUGCGGAGUACGAGACCCAAGUCAAAGAGAUCCGUAACCAGCUGGUGGAGCAGUUUAAGUGCUUGGAGCAGCAGUCUGAGUCUCGAAUUCAGCUGCUGCAGGACCUGCAGGAGUUCUUCCGCAGGAAAGCAGAGAUUGAGCUGGAAUACUCUCGCAGUUUAGAUAAACUGGCCGAGAGGUUCUCCUCCAAGAUCCGCAGCUCCAGAGAACACCAGCAGUUCAAGAAAGACCAGCACCUGCUGUCAUCAGUUAACUGCUGGUACCUGGUUCUGAAUCAGACGAGGCGUGAGAGCCGUGACCACGCCACCCUCUGUGACAUCUACACCAACAAUGUCAUUGUCCGCUUGGCCCAAAUCAGUGACGAUGUCAUCCGCCUUUUCAAGAAGAGCAAGGACAUUGGAAUCCAGAUGCACGAGGAACUUGUAAAGGUGACAAAUGAACUCUACACUGUGAUGAAAACUUACCACAUGUACCACACUGAGAGCAUAAGUGCAGAGAGCAAGCUGAAGGACGCCGAGAAGCAGGAGGAAAAACAGUUCAGCAAGUCUGGAGAUCUCAAUGUCAACCUGCUGCGCCACGAAGACCGCCCCCAGAGGCGUAGUACUGCCAAGAAGAUUGAGAAGAUGAAAGAGAAGAGGCAAGCCAAGUACUCAGAGAAUAAGCUAAAAUGCACUAAAGCCCGGAAUGACUAUUUGUUGAACCUGGCAGCAACAAAUGCAGUUGUGGCAAAAUAUUACAUCCACGAUGUCUCUGAUAUGAUCGAUUGCUGUGACUUGGGCUACCAUGCAAGCUUGGCACGCACCUUCAGGACCUACUUAUCUGCUGAGUACAACUUGGAGACGUCACGUCACGAGGGACUAGAUAUCAUAGAGAAUGCUGUUGACAACCUGGACUCUCGCAGUGACAAGCAUAAGAUCAUGGAUAUGCAUAACCAGGUCUUCUGUCCUCCUAUGCGCUUUGAGUACCUGCCGCACAUGGGAGAUGAGGUGUGCCAAGUGAGCGCCCAGCAGCCUGUCCAGACUGAGCUCCUGAUGCGUUACCACCAACUGCAGUCCCGCUUAGCUACACUAAAGAUUGAGAAUGAGGAGGUGAGAAAGACCUUGGAUGCUACCAUGCAAACACUCCAGGAUAUGCUGACAGUGGAAGACUUUGAUGUGUCGGAUGCCUUCCAACAUAGCCGUUCCACUGAAUCCAUCAAGUCUGUGGCAUCUGAAUCAUACAUGAGCAAGCUCAAUGUAGCCAAGAGGAGAGCCAACCAACAGGAGACUGAAAUGUUCUACUUUUCAAAAUUCAAGGAGUAUCUGAAUGGCAGUAACCUCAUCAUUAAGCUGCAGGCGAAGCAUGACCUGCUGAAGCAGACACUGGGAGAAGGGGAAAGGGCCGAAUGUGGAACUACAAGACCCCCCACUCUGCCCCCUAAACCACAGAAAAUGCGGAAGCCUAGACCACGCUCUGUCUGUAACCAUAAGCUGUUUAACUGCAAUAUGGAGACCUUCAUCAAGGAUUCAGGUCAACCAAUUCCACUUGUAGUUGAAAGCUGUAUCAGAUACAUCAAUCUGUAUGGACUGCAGCAGCAAGGUAUGUUCCGUGUCCCUGGAUCACAGGUGGAGGUCAAUGAUAUUAAAAACUCAUUUGAGAGAGGUGAAGAUCCUUUGAUUGAUGAUCAGAAUGAGCAUGAUAUCAACUCAGUGGCAGGAGUGCUGAAGCUGUACUUCAGGGGACUGGAGAACCCACUCUUCCCAAAGGAGCGCUUUCUUGACUUUAUCUCUACCAUCAAGCUGGAGUCUGGAGCAGAGAGAGCGCAUCACAUCCAGCAGAUUAUUGUGACUCUUCCUCGCACCAUUAUCAUUGUCAUGAGAUACCUUUUUGCAUUUCUCAAUCAUCUUUCCCAGUACAGUGAUGAAAACAUGAUGGAUCCGUACAAUUUGGCCAUCUGCUUUGGUCCAACCCUGAUGCCCAUCCCAGAUGGCCAGGAUCCUGUAACGUGUCAGGCACAUGUUAACGAGGUCAUCAAGACGAUCAUCAUCCACAGUGAAGCAAUCUUUCCCAGCCAGCGUGAAUUAGAUGGUCCUGUGUAUGAAAAGUGUAUGACAGGCGGGGAGGAGUACUGCGACAGCCCCCACAGUGAACCAGGAACGAUAGAUGAGGCAGACAACGGCACUGAACCGCACACAAGUGAUGAAGAGAUUGAACAGAUCGAGGCCAUUGCCAAGUUUGACUAUGUGGGACGGAGUCCGAGGGAGUUAUCCUUCAAGAAGGGAGCCUCUCUGCUCCUGUAUCACCGAGCAUCUGAAGACUGGUGGGAGGGCCGCCAUAAUGGUGUAGAUGGUCUCAUCCCACAUCAGUACAUCGUAGUACAAGACCUAGAUGAUGCUUUCUCAGACAAUCUCAGCCAGAAAGCAGAUAGUGAAGCAAGUAGUGGACCACUGCUGGACGACAAGAGCUCAUCCAAAAAUGAUAUUGCUUCACCAUGUGAGCAGUCGCCUGAUUAUAACUUUGGAGGAGUCAUGGGGAGGGUACGGUUACGGUCUGAUGGAGCUGCAAUACCACGUCGGCGAAGUGGCACAGAUACCCACAGCCCAACCAGGGUGGCUGACACUCCACCAAGAGCCGCAGCAUGUCCCAGCAGCCCACACAAGAUGUCCAUCAGCAAGAGCCGCAUGGAGAGUCCAGAAAAGAGACGAUUUGGAACCUUUGGUAGCGCAGGCAGCAUCAACUAUCCAGAGAGGAAGGCUUAUCCCGAGGGCCACCCACUGAGACCAGCGCCUGGGGCCACUCGCCACAGUAGUCUCGGUGACCAUAAAUCACUGGAGACUGAGGCUCUGGCUGAGGACAUAGAGAAGACUAUGACUACAGCUCUCCAUGAGCUAAGUGAGCUGGAGCGUCAGAACACAGUCAAGCAGGCUCCGGACGUGGUCUUGGACACACUCGAGCCAAUGAAGAAUCCCGUGAGCUCUGAGCCUGGAAGUCCACUCCACACCAUUAUGAUCCGUGACCCAGACGCGGCCAUGCGCCGCAGCAGCAGCUCCACAUCUGAGUUGAUGACUACAUUCAAGCCUGCACUCUCUGCCAGGUUGGCCGGGGCGCAGUUGCGCCCGCCUCCUAUGAGGCCGGCGCGCCCGCCUCCGACGCAGCACCGCUCUAGCAGCUCCAGUUCUUCGGGAGUUGGGAGCCCUGCUGUAACUCCCACUGAGAAGUUGUUCCCAAGUAACACUACAGCUGCUGGCGCCAACAUGAAUUCAGCUAACGAUGCCGCGGAUAAGUCUGGCACCAUGUAGCAAGGGUGGAAUCUACAACACACUAAAGGAUGUAAAGCUUUUAAAGUGUGUGGAAAUGUGUGACAAGCAGAUAGGGACCUUUUCCUCUGUUCUUUCUGCCUGAUUAAAGGAAUUAAUUCAGGAAGCUCCUGAUGUGAGCCUGUUACCAUAGUGAUUAAACGGUAGAAGAAGCUGUAGCGGUUUGAUGGCAUAAAGCGCACGUCUCUUGGAAACUUGAUUUAGUACCGCAAACAUGUCUAAGAAAAUAGGUAUUUCAGUUUUACCUCAAUUUCAACAAAAUCUGUGGCCAUAUUCUCGUCUCAGAGAUACAGUUAAUGCAAGUGAAGCAAUACUUGUGUUUAAUUCCACCCAGCGCAGUUUGUCCAGAUGAUCACUCAGUCAUUUCUAUCUGUGUGUAUAAAACACCUCAUCAUGAUUUUUACCUUUAAGCUCAUAGGAGAGAAAAAAAAAUACUUGAAGUUACCAAAAUUUCUGUUUGUGUUACAAAACAGUGGAUGUUCAGCAAAA